AGGCGCUCCCCGCCACACUGACCCCGGAAAAGGAAAAAAGCCCCCUCCCCCCUCCGCCCCCCCCCCGUCUGACUCCCAAACUCCGACCUCGCUGCGGCCCGGAAGGAGUCCGCGAGGGACUCGGCUGAGUUGCCUCUAUUUACUGUUUGGUUAAGAAUACAUCUCCAACCCCAUAACUGUGAGAGGAAUUUCCAAGAUAUACCAUCAUAUCAUCAGCUCAGCACAGCACCGGGCACAUAGUUUAUUUAAGGACUGCUUUACCUACACCCUCAACAUUUUGAUUUAUUCAGAAGUGAGGGAGAGACACUGAAAACUCUUGUCUUCUUGUAGCUCAGGUUCACAGUCCAGAUAUCUGUACUGACUUGAUAUCCUAAGGCUAAAGAAGGCUACAACUUUGAAAUCUAAUAUCUGAUAUAUUUGAAAUAGGCUUAUUUUGUGGGGAAAAGGGCUACUAUCAAGGUUAUUGAUGAAAAUAUCAGCACUGUGUCAUGUUCUGUGUGGUACAGUGGCAAGAGUCCUGGGUUUAGUCAGAGGACCUGGAUUGAUUCCUGGCUUUCCCACUUCCUGUAUGGCCUUGGUCUUUCCUGAUGUCCUGCCCCUUUCCUCCAGUUUCCACCGUUGAACUCUCCUUUGUAACACAGAAAAACAGUAAAUGAAAACCAACUGGCAUAGCAACUGCUUCUGACAGAUGUCUAACAGGAUUAAAACUGCUGAGGUGGCCUCUGCUUCUUCUGUACAAGUUUGAGGGUUCAGCACCACGAGACAGCUGGCUUUUGCAGAUCCGUCAUGCAGAACCGACAAGGAUAUUGCAACUGUUGCCAUGUGCACUAUAUUAACCUUGAACAGCAUAUAAUCAGCCCCCAACACAGAUACUUUACUACGUAUUGUAGGUAUCGGCUGGGUACCAAUAGUCUUUUGGAUCGUUUCCUUCAUGAUGUCAUGCGGUAUCACCCACAUCAGUAUUAUGAUAACAGACCAACAUAUGAUGACAUACCACUUCUCAGCCGUCCAUCACCUCCCAAGGAGGCUCAAUUGGAUUUUGAUCAGGUUCCAGAAAAGGGGACUGAGAAGGAAACUCUUAGUGACAGAGAAGAUUCGUCUCAGAAUGACUUUAAAUCCAUUGAAGAUUCAUGUUCUUCUUGUAAAUCCCAGAAGGAUAUGGAGGAGGUUUCUGUUCAACAGUCAAUUUUCCAAAGAAUUGUGAAUAAACAGCCGCUGUCUAUGGAAGACUCUCAGGAGGAGACCAUGUGCAUUGAUAACUUUUCUGAGGAAACCGAUCAAACUACAGAUAGUAGCUAUAAGAUCCCAUUUGAAGCAGUGAUUACAGAGCUCACCAGUUCUGUUCAUUCUUUACCUCGAGAUCCUGGUAUUAGCCCAGUUACGACUGAAAAUUCCAGUUUAUCUUACCCAGAAACUCAUUCGGUUUCAGUAAUCAAAUGUACCCCAGACAGGAAUGAUACGUGCAAUAAGGAUUUACAAUUGGACAAAAGUCCUAACUCUUUUGAGUCAUCACUCCACUUAGGAACCUCUUCGGUUUUCCGUCAGAGCCCUAAAGUUGGACAAGGGAACUCUUUCCAUAUGACUUCAGUCCCUUCAAGGUCUCCUUUCCAGCUGUUCGAUGGUGAAUUCAAGAGGAGAGUGAAGCCAAGGUGGUGGAGUAGCAGGAAGAAGUACAGCAAGCUCCCCUUCAAAACUCCAAACUGAUCUAGAAAACCUACUCUGCUGAAUCCUGAUCAGAAUAUCCAAGAAAAAAACCCACCAUGGGCCAUUUUUCUAGUCCAGAAUCCGUACCUUCAAGUCUCAGCUCAGGUUCUCUGCAAAGCCUUUCCUGGUCCCCCACUUCUGGAUUGUCAGUGUUCUCUCCCUCCUCAAACCAGCUUAUAUUUAUUUGAGAUGUUUACUUCAGGGGCUUUCACUUUUGCUUUUGUAUCCCAAGUUAUUAGCAUGGUACCUUAUAUAUAGGAGGUCCUUAAUAAAUGUUUUUGAAAUGAAUGAGUGAAAAGGUAACAGCUUUUUCCUCCCUCUUCCCCCCACCAGAGAAUCAGAAAGUUGAAGGGGACUUUAGAAACUAUUUAAUCCAACCUAUACUGGAACAGGAGUCUCUUCUACAACAAACCCAACAAAUGGUCAUCUAGUCCUUGCUUGUGGUCUCAGGGGUUAUAUAAUAAAAUAUAUCUCCUUAGCCACAGCACACAGUAGAUGGUCUGCUAGAGUAGAAUAUUGUAUACAUGGUCAGAUGUGGUCAUUCUGUUUGGUGGGUUUAUUUAUUUUUUUUUAUUACAAAGGAGGGUUCAUUUGAGUAGGAAAAGUGAAAAUAGGGAGAAUAUUUCCAGAAAUGAGUGUUGUAAAAAUAAAAGCCAUUGAUAAAACAUGUUUAAAAAGUGAAUAGUAGAAGUGUGGUUUCUUUCUAGACAAAUAAAAACACCCAGAGACUUGUCCUUACAUAAGCAAUUCUGGGCUGGGGCUGACUUUGGUAAGGGCACUGAUUAUUAGGUCUGAUGUUGGAACUAAAAGACGCACUUCUAGAUCUCUGAGGCCUUUUUGUGCUGUGCAUUGUCUUCUACUGUAGAUUGUAAGCUCCUUGAGGACAAGGACUGCUUCUGUUUUUAUUUCAUUUGU